AUGUCACCGGUACGCCCCUUCUGUUUUGCUGACAAAGGUGUGUUUGGAGAAGGUGUGGGCAAGGCCACGUCUCUCCUGAAGGACGGCAGCUGGAUCAAAAAAGUGGACGAUGAGGAUGAAGACAUCGACCGAGACCCAAACUUUGGCAGAUCUGUUCUAAGCCAGCGCAGUGAAACUACUGUUGGUCCAGACGGUGAAGAAGUAAACACCACCAUAACUACGAGCAAGUCAACAACUGUGCAGGCUCUCACCAAGAGCACAUACUCCACCCUGAAGUCUGAUUCUCCCAGCAGCCCAAGCACCACCUCCAAGACGAUUGUCACAGAGGAACCUAAGACAAGCACCAGAACCACUUCGGUGUCCAAGGACGGUAAAACCACUGAGACCACCAUCACCACCUCCCAGAGUGUUAGUUCCCCUGUGAUCAAAAGUCCCACCAAGACCUUCACUCAGCGCGUCAUGUCUUCAAGCAAAGGGCCACUGUACUCAAGCUACUCACCUACCAAAACCACAAAAGUGACUGAGACUUCUGUUUCCACCAGUAAAGACGCUGAGGAGAAACUUUACGACACUCUCAUCCCUUCGGCUAUCAAGGAGGAUUCCUCGCCCACAGAGAGCAAAACAACCGUCUCCAAGACUGAGACUGUGAUGGUGAAAAGCAUUCCUGAUGCGGAGGACAAACUUUUCACGACACUCAUCCCUUCGUCUGACAAGGAUGAUUACUCCUCCACAGCCAGGGCUGAGGAUGACCUGUAUGACACCCUCCUGCCACGAUCCAUUACCUCUGGAUCUGACCAGACUUCUUCUCUCAGCAGCAGCAGCAGCAUCACGAUGGAGAACAGCAGAGGAGUCGAAAGCUCAUCUCUGUCAUCGCCAUCCUCCACCAGAACCUCCAGCUACAGCUCGUACACCAAUGAUCUUCCCUCCACCCGCACCUCCUCCUACAGCAUCAGCACCACCCCCAGGUGA